CCUGAACGUUACCUCAACAGGUCAGAGUAAGCCUCCACCCCAAACUUGGAUGUGCCGUAAGCGCCAGAGAGGAAAGCAAUGCGGCCCGCUAUGCUGGACAUGUUGACCACUCGGCCUCUAGCCUGUCUUACGAGAGAACAUUAGUUUCUGGCUGACAUAUAGAUCUGGAUCUACUGGAGAUGGUCUACAUAUAUGUGAAGGCUCUAUGCUGGCAAAGACAAUUAGGCCUAUUCUUCUUAAUAAAAACAUUGCACAUUUUCGGACUAGGUUUAGUAGUAGGUCUUUUGUGCCAACUGGCGGCUAUUUGGAGCGACUCGUGGGUCGUGGUUGACAGAUAUGUAUAUCCUUACUGGGACUCGUUGAAGGGCAAGGUCACCUACGGAAUAAACUCAAACGCCACAUCGUGGUUUCUUGUGGAGAAGAUAGCCAACGCUGGGCUGUGGCGGGCGUGCUAUUUCUUCCCCCACCUCCCCUACAAACACACAAGUUCAUAUUGUGCUGACUUCUUUGACGACUAUCGACCAGAACGGUGGUUCACCAUCCUUCAACUUCUGUGCCUACUCAGCCCAGCACUAUCACUCCUUGGCUCCCUUCACCUGGCCGCGAUUGUCCCAGCCUGUUGUUUUAAAGAGACUUUACACUGGUUAGGCACUCGUUUGCUAGUGGCUGGUGGCUUUACAGGCACUGUUGCUAUGUUGAUCUUUCACACUUACGUAACCAAGGAGUUUAUUGUCUUCUUUGACUGGAGUCCGUUCGAAAUAAAGAAAGAUUGGGCUUUUCAUAUCUAUCUAGAUGGCUCCUUGCUUCAUUUGGUGUUCGGAUUGCUAUAUGUCCGAGAGAGGUGGUCUGUCGGGAUCACAGUUAGAAGAUCUAUUUUUCAACCAGUAACACGGCAAAAGAAACGCAUUUUGUAGAGUUUAUAAUUUAAACAAAUACCAAAAUGUCAGCGUUGAUUUGUUUGCUUGUCAUUAUUAAAGUCUGUGACUAUGUUUAUAGCCUAAUUUU